AUGUCCGUCCCUACCAAGCCCGCCUUCGUCCACUACGGGGACUUUGACAGCACGACCCGCAAACUCCCCGUGAUGGAAUUCAUGGAACGCUUCCGCGACGACUACGACACCAAGUCGUUUGAUCCGAAAUGGUACGCUCCCGACUUCACGUACGUCGGGCCGGACGGGACCGUGUACGAGGGCCGCGACAAGGGCCUCGAGGCCAUGAAAGCCCUGUACGGCCCGCUGCCCAACUGGCGCCACGAGGCGUUCUACCUGAACUGCUACGAGGUCGACCCCGGGUACGAGAUGAUCGGCAAGGCGACGCUCUGGGGGAACCUCCCAGGCGAGCCGACCGAGGGGGAGGCGAAGAAGACCGACGGAGAGGGGAAGAAGUGGGACCUGGCCAUCCCCGGCGCGUAUCGCUUUCACUAUGUCAAGGAAGGAGACGGCGGCUUCGUCUUGAAGAGGAUCGAGCUCACCGGGGACACGGGUCCAUUGAUGGUCGGCCUGCUCAAGAGGGGUGUUCUCUCCUCCAAGGACUUGGGAAUCUGAUUUUUGUGAGUGAGAGAGAGCGCCCUCUGUGCUGGAAUGGGAAUCACAAUGGGAGCGGAGCAGCGCAGGGAUGGCAGGGAGGGGUGCUAAUCGACCGUGGCGGGAUCCCUGAGUUGC